UUGUGAAGGUUGUGGUUGACACGGCCACAGCGGCAGGAGACGCGUCUGGCUCUGCCUCUCUGUGCCGAGCGCUGGCGAUUGGACUCACCCGACCUUGUUCUAAGGCUGGGUACCAAGCUCCUGUCGCUGUCUACUCUUGAGAGCGUUCCCAAAUUCAAACCCAGAUACUUCUGCGAGGCAGAAGCACGGGUUCAAACAUGGAUUUGACUGGAAAAGGAAAGACCACUGAAGGAAAAGGCCUGACUGGCUACCCUCUUGCCAAGAGGUUUUCCCUGGCCAGUCCCUCUAUGCUCCUUCCCUCCAAGCCGUUGCCUCCCAUUCAGAAGAGCUCUCCUUCUACCAAGCCAAGCCAGAUAUGCAGCGGAGAGCAGGAGAAUGGGAAACAUGGCAGCAGCUAUGAAAAAAAACAGGAGCUGAGUUCCGAGGGAACAGGAUGUAAGACUUCCUUGCUGUAUUCCAGUGGUGGGGUUAUGCAGAAGGGGUCAUUGGGACCACCUUUGAUCCCCCCCAUACGCAAGGCAAUAAGUCCCACUCUUGGCAGUACCGCGGGGUCUCUGCAAAGCUCUCUGCAGCUGGAAUUCCAGGAGUCCCAGGAGAUGAGGCCAACAUCCAGCAGCAGAAGCAAGGAGGAGAACUGUGGACAUGCAGGCUUUAGCCUACCACCUGUCGAUGGCACAGCUUCUGGAGUGCAGAGAAAACACCCUGGUAGUGGCUUGAAGAAGGUCUUGAGGAAGCAGGACAACGUGCCCUUACUGCCCAAUAUGCCCAUCAUCCACGGGCAUGGCAGCUUCCCACGCAACUCCUCAGUGACCUCGCAGACGGCCACUGGUGCCGAGCGCCGAGAGGAGCCGCUCUGUGGGAAGGGGCAGAAGGACACAGCCUCUGCAGACCCACAGCAGUCCUUGAGGGAGGCACUCUCCUUGCUCGGCAGCGAUGACUGGGAGCUGAAGGAGAAGGGACUCUUCAACAUCAGACACCUGGCUGGGUCCCAUUCAGAGGUCCUGCUUUGUAGACUUGGUGACGUUUGCUUGGCAGUUACCAGCGAGGUGACCAACCUCCGAUCCAAGGUGUCCUACUCUGCAAUCGUCACUCUGGGAGAGCUCUUUGUGACCUUGAAGAAGGACAUGGACUCUGAGGUGGAUGAGGUUGUUCGGGUCCUUCUCCAGAUGGUGUGGAACUCCCCAGAAUUUGUUCAGAAAGCAGCCAGUCAGACCCUGGGGAUCAUGGUGGAGAAUGUGACUCCUGCACGAGCAAUGACUGCUCUCAUGGACAUGGGAGUCAAGAGCCGCCACGUCCAGGUGCGGAAGUGUGCGGCCGAGCUCCUCCUGUCCUUGAUGGAGAGAAUUGGAGUCACAAGGCUGGCAGGCACACCCAGGGCUGAGAGGCUGGCACACGUGGCAGGGAAGCUUGCGCAGGACUGUCACAAGGACACAAGGCAUUAUGGACAGGAGAUGGUGAAGAUGUUGCUCAAUCAUCAAAAAUUUAAAAUGCUUUUGGAACGGUCUCUUUCCACCUGUGGCCUGGAGGACAUUCUGACAAGAAUGAAGAAGAAAGGAAUGGAAAACCAGAAGGGUGAAUGCCCACCUGUCAAGGAGCUGGUGAAGAAGAGGAGCGAUGGCUCGAAGAAGCCCCAGGCCACAUUGUCUUCUAGCAAAUGGGUGAAAUCUACCUCUGAUGGACGCCUCCUACACCGUGCAAAAGCCCAGGUCACAUUACCUCCAGCUGUGGAAGAAACGGAGCUGCUCCAGAAGCUUUACAGUCUCCUGGAAGCCAAGGGCUUUCAGACACGGAUGGAAGGAGUGGCACUCCUCCAAGACCUGUGCAAAACCAGCCCCCAGCUCAUCUCCACUAACAUUGUCCAAAUUUUUGAUUAUUUUGUCCUGAGAAUAUCUGACAGCCACAAGAAAGUGAAGCAGAAGGCGCUGGACGUGCUGGCCGAAAUCACGGGCGUCCUGAAGGAAGCCUUGAACCCGGUGAUCAUUGGUUUGGUGGAAGGAAUAACAAAGAGCCUGAACUCAAAGGAUCCCAGGGUUCGUGCCUCAGCCGUGAAAGCACUGGAAGAAUCCAUUGCUCAUUUAGAUAAAGUAUCACUGCUGAAAGAGUUCAGCUACCAAUGGAAUCAACUGAGUGGCCAAGCUCUGCUGGAUGUCGCGGAGCGUAUCACAGUGCUCGUGGAGUGGGUUUAUGCCAGGAGCCCUGAAGUCGUCCAGCAUGACGCCCUGCCCGUGCUCUGGUCCUUCCUGGAGAACAAGGCGCUGCCUGUCCGAAGUGCCAAUGUCCGCACUGUGGCCACCAAGCUUGCCUCGGCCCUCUACAAGGUGAUGGGCAGCAAGCUGAAGAAGUGUGCUGCCAGCAAGCCUCCACAUGUGCAGGACAACCUGUCCAAAAUUUUGGGCUGGUGAAGGCGUGAUGUUCUCCAGGAAGCUGAGGAAGUGCUGAGUUGGACACCUCCGGAUCUGCCUCUAUAGCUGUGCCAAAAAUGCUGCAAUAUUAAGGAAGGGUGUGCAUCUGCCCCAGCUCUCUCCAUCGCCCUUCCUAGUCAUGGCAUGGGGGGCCUGAAGCAACUCCAGAUUGAGGACAAGGUGAAGGCCGAUCAUGGCUCAGCCUCACCCAGAGAUCUGACUGGUUACAGUCUUACCGAGACGUUUUCUCUGGACACUUCGAUGUUGCCUUUCCCACAAAGUCCUUGCCUCCCAUCCAGAAGAGGUCUGCCCUCCAGGCUCAGGAGGAAGCUGCUGCCCGUCUGAAGAUUGUUUGAAGAAUAGGAUUUAUGUGUUAGGCUUCAUAGUUAUAGAUGUACAUAUGUUCUGAUCCUUAGAUGUAGUUUUGAAUAAAUUUGUUUCGACUAUA